GAGAUUUAAUUUUCUAGUCACAGAACAAUGGCAUCUAAUGAGUAGCCCGACCUCAUCCCAAGACCACCCGCCCUCGAGACACACCCACUCAGCCGUUAUGCAUAAUAACUCGAUGUAUAUCUACGGAGGAAUGACUGAUUUGAUUGUGAGAUCAGAUUUUUGGAAAUGGGAUUUCCGGACCAGACGUUGGCAUCGGAUUAAGGCAAAUAAAAGUCCCGGUGAACUGUCCGGACACACAGCUAUUGAAGCGUUUAAUUCAAUGUUCAUUUUUGGUGGUGAAAAAUCGGGAACUUUGUUACGAGACUUAUGGCGAUAUCAUUUCAAGACCGAGCACUGGGAACGCGUCAAUGCAGAGGGAAUUAUACCCAAUUCUCGGUGCAGACACGUGGCAGUGGUUAAUCCAUUCCUCGACAUUGCCAAAGAG